AUGUCCCCCUCCAAACCCACUUCCCUCCAGCGUACGGUGCCGACCGAUCCGGGCGGCAACACGCGGUUGCUCUUUACGAGCGGGCCCCACAUAUUCGCGUGCGACGUGACCCUGGCGCCCGACCAGUCCCGGACGUAUGGGGUCGAGAGGGCUCACGUCGUGUACCGGGCCUUUCUGCCGACCGACAUUCCGUCGUCGUUCUCGGGUAAGUACAUCAAGGUGGCCUACUGGCUCACCGUGUGCGGGCAGCAGCCGCUGCACGAGACCGUCUCCCUCCGUGUCCCGCUCCGGGUCGUCAAUCCCUUGGUCUUCAAGCGUCUCGGGCUCAUGGAGUGGCGUUCGGAGGACCGGGCGGGGGUGGAGGCCGAAUCGCAGGAGGUGGAGCCUGUCGACCUCUCCCGCGCCUUCCAUUUUGUACAUAAUCACACCCUACCCGAGCGAGGUGACAGCAGUUUUGAGAACGAGCCCCGACGGACGACUGAGCCAAGCGCGUUCUAUGAGACCUCUCCCGGAGUGCAGCGAAGAACCAAGAUGACGGAGGAGCGCGCCAUGCGGCUGCAGAGUCGCAAGGCCGGGCAGCAAUUGCUCAAGCUGGGCGUGCAGGCCGUCAGCGCCCACGUUGCCCAUUCCAUCGUGCCCGAAUCAUUCACGAUCGCCAAGGGCGAACAGUUGGUGGGCAAAGUCAAUCUGGCCAAGCGCACCUUCCAGCUGGGCGAGGCCAUCAAGCUGGCGCUCGAUUUUGAGUCCGCGCGCAUUCCGUGCUACCAGUACACUGUGAGCCUGCAGUCAGUGGAGCAGAUCGAGGAGGCUGCGCGCAAGGACUCUGGCAGUGAGCUGGGGCAGCCCCACAGCGAGUGCACCAUGGGCGCGGCCGCCACCGCCCAGUGCGUUCUCUCCAUCCCGCCGCAGGAAACCGCCGAGUUCCAGACCGACGUCGUCUCCCACUCGUGGUACCUGCACUUCGACUUCGUCACCGGAUUCGAGACAAAGGAGAGGGCGAAGGGCGAGGGAGAGGCGGGCGCACCACGGUCGUCGACCGGUCCGACGCGAAGGGUGCACGACCUGCGUUUCUUCGGUGCCGCGGGCGAGCUGCAGGUGGACACCCUGCGGUGGGACAUCCCCAUCCACGUGGUCGCCGUGGGACCCGUGGCCCGAGCCUCUCUCCACCCGCCCAUCCACCGACUAAAGUUUGCCGCUUCCUGA